CCCAGUUCUCAUCAGGUGCAGGUGAUUACCACCAUCCACUUUGGACUCUGCUCACCAUGUCGUAGUGCUGCCCUCCGAUACAUUUUUAGUUCCUUCGGUAUUACUUACGUGAUAUGUGGAGGGUCAUGAGAGAGACGCCGACUGGAAGAUGUACUCAAAAUGAAUUGCUGUGAUUGACUGAGCAUGGAUAUCAGAACGAAGUUUUCAGUGUGUUGGGAGGGUUGUCGCACUUGUUUUAAAAAAUCAAAUUCUAGUGGAAUCAAGAACGAUACACCCAAAAAAGAACCCGUUGUCGUCAUUGAAAACCCAAGCGCUGUCCGAACGAUUAAGCCGUAUUUGAAAAGCCAAGAAGAGAAUAAUAUCGAGAAUCGUUUUAUCGCACUUUAUGACUAUUCUGCUCGCACCAAUGAGGAUUUGAGCUUCAACGCAGGUGACAUUUUGGAAGCUCUUGAUAAAAAAGCCAAGGACUGGUGGUUUGCAAAAGCGCUCACUGGAAUUUCGACAUCCAAAAAAGGCUAUAUCCCCGCAAAUUAUGUGGCGCCAGUGGAGAGUCUCGACGCAGAACCCUGGUAUUUUCCGGACACAAAAAGGCUGGAUGCAGAGAAGAUGCUGUUAACAGGAAUGAACCAACAAGGAUCCUUCCUAAUCAGGAACUGUGAAAGCCAGAAAGGAGAGCUCUCCCUCUCAGUGUUGGACAACGGGAGGGUGAAGCAUUAUAAACUAAGAAAAACAGAGCUGGGUCUCUACUAUGUCUCGAGGACCAGAGUAUUUGAAACGCUGAAAAAGUUGGUGCUUCACUACUCGACACAACCAGAUGGGCUCUGCGUGCGUCUGGGCGAACCAUGCAAAAAGAUUGAGGCUCCGCAGACGAACGGCCUCUCCUAUAACACUGUGGACCAAUGGGAGAUUGACCGCAGUUCCAUCAAACUCCUGCAUAAACUGGGAGCAGGUCAGUUUGGAGAAGUUUAUGAGGGCCUAUGGAAUGACACCACAUCCGUUGCAGUGAAGACCCUCAAACCUGGUACCAUGGGCGCAGAGGACUUUCUCAGAGAGGCUCAAAUCAUGAAGAGACUGAGGCAUGCCAAACUAAUCCAACUUUAUGCUGUCUGCACCAUGGAAGAGCCCAUCUAUAUUAUCACCGAGCUGAUGAAGAACGGCAGCUUGCUUGAAUACCUUCAAAAGGACAAGGGUGCCAAACUAAAGCUGUCGGACCAGAUCGAGAUGGCUGCUCAGGUGGCAUCUGGGAUGGCUUUUCUGGAGUUACAGAACUACAUUCACCGAGAUCUUGCUGCCAGGAAUGUGCUGGUUGGGGAGAACAACAUCUGCAAAGUGGCUGAUUUUGGUCUCGCCAGGGUCUUUCAGAAUGACAAUGUCUAUGAGGCAAGAGAAGGUACCAAAUUUCCGGUGAAGUGGACUGCUCCCGAGGUCAUCCACAACAACGUAUUCACGAUCAAAUCUGAUGUCUGGUCAUUUGGUAUUCUGUUGUACGAGAUCAUGACAUUUGGCAAAAUGCCUUACCCAGACAUGACAAACUACCAGGUUGUCCAACAAGUUCCUCAAGGCUACCGAAUGUCCCGUCCCCCCAAGUGUCCCAAAAUCAUGUAUGACAUCAUGAUGGACUGCUGGAAUGAGAAUGAACAGGACCGACCCACAUUUGAGACCUUGCAGUGGAAGUUGGAGGAAUUCUUUGACCUGAGCACGACCUCCUAUGAUGAAACCUCGCCCUAUUAGCACACUGACCCGAGAACUCAAUCCAUUUAAACAAAAAAAAAAAAAAAAAAUCACUUGAAUCCAUACAUGCAUCAGGAUGUGUUUUGAAAUUCUCCUGUUAAAUUUAGAACCUGAUUGACUUUUGGAUGUAAUACUGUGACACCCAGAGAGGACUCUGUCGCUGUCAUCCUCCUGGUUUUCUUUUUGCCAGCUUAGUGUGGUCAAAGACUGCUUUCAACAAAGAAGUAAAUCCAAUCUUCAAGGAUCUCGAUGAACCAGUUCGACUGGCACUUCACCUUGGCCACAUUCUUUCCGCUUGCUGCCCGCCACGCAUGACAAUGAGUCAAUCAUACUUACAACACUUUACCUCAGCUGAUUGUCUGUGAUCUUAAAUCUUGAAGUCAUGUACAGCAACUCCGUCGUUGGUCCGCGUACGCUUUGAUGAUUUGAAAGUGUGUGUGUUGUUGUCGUUGCCAAAUGGCUGUAAUUUUGAGCUUAAGCAUCCUUUUUAGUGUCACUCUGUAUGAUACUUUAUAUGAUUUGCAAAUGUAAUGAAGCGUAUCGUUUUAACAAAGUAGCUUAGUGGUCUGCAAAGAUGUGUUGAUUUCAUACGUUUUAACAAAAGCUUACUUCAACAAUGAAUUCUACAUAUGUGUUUAGAAAAACUAUUUUAUGUUGAAUAAAUCAAGUGAAUCAAA